AUGCAGACUGCUUCUACAAAUAUUUGUGAAAGACUGUGCAAUAAGUCCAUCCAUUAAAUUUCCUUGCUACUAAAUAUUCCACGGUCAUCUGUUAGUGGUAUUAUAACAAAGUGGAAGCAACAGCAACUCGGCCACGUAAAAAUGACAGAGCGGGGUCAACGCAUUCUGAAGCGCACAGUGCGCAGAAGUCACCAACUGUCUGCAGAGGCAAUAGCUAAAGACCUCCAAACUUUGUGUGACCUUCAGAUUGGCACAACAGUGCGUAGAGUGCUUCAUGGAAUGGGUUUUAAUGGCCGAGCAGCUGCAUCCAAG